GAGCACGUUACAGCUUUAAGAAAUUUGAGUUCUCUUAUUCGUCAAUACUUCCCUACAACGCCUACUUAUUGGGCUAUUGGAAACCACGAAGGGGUCCCUGUUAAUAGCUUCGCUCCACACUUUGUCGACGAGCGGUUCUGGCCGAUAUGGCUUUACGAAGAAUUUGCUAAGAUGAGCAAUCCAUGGAUCACAUCGGAAGCUUCGAAAGCUCUAGUUACUUUGGAAGGACAUUUCAGUCGUGGAUCGUAUUCAGUCCAAGUAAUAGAAGGGCUUCGGCUAAUCUCGCUCAACUCAGGAUUUUGCGAAACAACAAAUUUCUUCUUAUAUCUGAAUCAGAGUGAUCCGGAUGGGACGAUGACAUGGUUAGCUGCCGAGUUAUUCAAGGCAGAAGUCGCAGGAGACUCUGUGCACAUAUUGUCACAUAUUCCACCCGGAGAUGGAGAAUGCCUCGAAGGCUGGGCUCGCAAUUACUAUAAGAUCGUUCAGAGGUCAACCCCUUCAUAUGUUACCUUCCUGCUUUAUUAG